UCAGACCCCCACGACUUCUUACACUCUUUUAGGAUUGAGAGAGAGAGAGUGAGAGAGUGUGAUAGCAGAGCAGAGCAGAACAGAGCAGAGGUCUGGAGAAAAUCUCUUAAAGAUUCCUUUUCUCUUUUGGGAAAUCAAAGCUUCAAAAACAUCAGCAAAUUCUUCAUAUUACGAUGAAUCACUGCGUUCCUGAUUGGAAUACAGACGACAACUCCAGGCCUUCUUCAGAGCUCCUCCCCAUUUCAAAUCAGAAGAAAUCCAUGGGGCCUGACCAUGGACUGGUAGAGCUUUUAUGGCGGAAUGGACAGGUGGUCUUGAACAGCCAAACACAACGAAAGCCAAUGCCCACUUCUAACGAAUCGAAACAAGUUCAUAGACCCGAUCAACCAAUAAAAGGUGGUGGGUCUUUGGGGAAUCCAAGCAGUUUUAUUCAAGAAGAUGAGACUGCCUCGUGGCUCCAGUACCCACUCGAUGAAUCUCUAGAAAAGGAGUUCUGCUCUGACUUCUUCUAUGAAAUGCCGACUGUGGAUUCAAUCGGUGCUGAUAAGUUGAGCAAGGAGGUCCCCACAGAAGGGGUGAGAGAACCAAAAUUCGAUACUGGUGAAGAAACUAAUGUCUUUGUCAUGAGUGGUGCUGCAAGAUCUCAACCUGUUAUUAAACAGUACAAUAAUCUGCAAUUUGUAGAAAAUGUGAUGCCCCCUCCCAGAUCGCAAGGAAACAAUUCGGCCCUGCAAACUCCUGGUUUGAAUGGUGGUCAAAUUGUCAACUUUUCGCAUUUCUCAAGGCCAAUCAAGGCUGGUUUGGGCCCGCCAAAUGUACCAUUUGGAGAAAAAGGACCGAGCAAUGUAAUUCAAGGAGAGGUGGGAGAUUCGUCGAUCAUGACAAUUGGGUCGAGCCAUUGUGGCAGUAAUCAUGUUCAGAAUGAGGCCGAUUUGAGCCGUGCUUCGAGCAGCGGUGUUGGUGGUAAAGAUGUCUUUGCUGGGGCUGUCAAGGAGGAUGUGCGGAAGACGUUUUUGCAGAAUGAGAGGGGGCAGACAGACACACUCGAGCCAACUGUUACUUCAUCUUCUGGCAGGUCUGGGGGUAGUUUGGGAAGAAUGGCCAAAGAAACUGCUAGCAACCAUAGUCAUAAGAGGAAGGGCAGAGAUGCCGAAGAAUCUGAGUGCCAGAGCGAGGAGGCUGAGUAUGAAUCAGCAGAGGCAAACAAGCCACCUCAGCGAUCUGCAUCUGCCCGGAGAAGCCGUGCAGCUGAGGUCCACAAUCUUUCAGAAAGGAGACGGAGGGAUAGAAUCAAUGAAAAGAUGAAAGCACUUCAAGAGCUCAUACCUCACUGUAACAAGUCAGACAAAGCAUCGAUGCUGGAUGAGGCGAUUGAGUACUUGAAGUCACUUCAAUUACAGGUCCAGAUAAUGUGGAUGGGAAGUGGCAUGGCGCCGAUGAUGUUUCCGGGUGUCCAGCAUUAUUUAUCACGUAUGGGCAUGGGAAUGGGCCAUGCUACUUUGCCUUCAAUUCAUGGCCCGGUACAGUUACCAAGAGUCCCACUAGUUGAUCAAUCUAUCGUCUCAACGCUUGCAGCAAACCAGCCCCCAAUGUGCCCAUCUCCGGUCUUAAAUCCUGUUAAUUUUCAGAACCAGAUGCAGAAUGCCAGCAUUCCAGAAUCAUAUGCACGUUACAUCGGCUUCCAUCCCAUGCAAACGACACCUCAGGCGAUGAAUUUAUUUACGUAUGGAACUCAGGCAAUGCCACAUAGUCAGAUGAUGGCACCGCCUAGUAGUAGUGGUGGACCUUGCAAUGGAGUUCUGUCCGACAAUAUUCAAAAUGGCAAUCUGGGUUAGCCCCAGAUAAUCUGUACCGUUCAUGCUCAUAUCCCUCCUUUGGAAAAUUCAACUAAACACUUCCCCAAAUCCUGCAAAAGCUUGAUGCCGCUGCUGUUCUGAUUGGAACAUCUGAAACACUCGUUCCAUGGUGAUAUGUCCACUUCACUGGCCAAGAUAUCCUGAUGGAUCCAGAGGCAAGAUUGUAAUGUGUACAUAUCCACAGAACGAUAGCCUAUGAUUGUUUUCAAAUUGGUUCAGAAUUUGUGGUGUAACUGUUCAUGAUGUUGCCAAACUCCUCGUUCGGCAACGCAUUGAGUCUGUUUGGAUAGAUGAAAUUGCCCAUCACAGCGAUUCUUUAUUUGGUGUUCUUGCUGAAUUGAGCAACUGUAAAAAUACUGUAGCUGUUUCAUGAUAUAUGAGCAUUUUCUUUUCGCAAUCA